AUGUCAGGUGCUCAUAUCAUCGCUAAGGCCAUAAAGAAGCUCGGUGUUACGACGGUGUUCGGAAUCGUGGGCAUCCCCAUAGUGGAGGUUGGAGAUGCUCUCAUCAGAGAGGGAGUUCGUUUCAUAUCCUUCCGCAACGAGCAGAGUGCUGCCUACGCCGCGUCGGCCUAUGGCUAUCUCACUGGAGAGCCUGGUGUGCUGCUGGUUGUUGGCGGCCCCGGAGUUGUCCAUGCCUUGGCUGGUGUUCUCAACUCGAACUCCAAUAGAUGGCCUCUCCUAGUACUGGCGGGCUCUGCAGGUGUUGAUGAUUUGACGAAGGGAGGGUUCCAGGAGCUGGACCAGCUGAGCCUCCUGGCCCCGAUGACCAAGUUUGCUGCAAAGGUUCAGCAGUUGGAUCAAGUUCCUGAUUUGCUGUACAAAGCGUAUAAGAGCGCAAUGUUCGGUACUCCAGGCACUGCUUAUAUUGAUUUACCGGCAGACGUUGUUGAACUGGAGGGCGUGGAUCCAAAGCUGGAGAGUGCUAUCUUGCGUAGAGUCACUACACUGACCAAGGCCUCCAUUCCAAGGUUCAUCCCUCCAAGGUCUCAGGUGGAACAAGCUGCUGCUCUGUUGCGAAAUGCGAAGUCACCACUUGUUGUCAUCGGCAAGGGCUCAGCAUACGCCAAUGCUUCCUCACAGAUUAGAAAGUUCAUCAAUGACCAUAACCUGCCGUUUUUGCCAACCCCAAUGGGGAAAGGCGUCGUGCCAGACUCCUCUGAUUUGAACGUUUCUAGCGCAAGGUCACAGGCAUUGAAGAAUGCCGAUGUUGUGUUGAUACUCGGUGCACGGUUGAACUGGAUCUUACAUUUUGGUGAAUCUCCAAGAUGGCAAGCCGACGUGAAGUUCAUCCAAGUGGACAGCAACCCUGAGGAGAUUGGAUAUAACACUGCAUCAUCCACGAAUUACGGGCUAUGUGGUGAUAUUUCACUGGUGACUAGUGAAUUGGAUGCACUACUGGGGAACUACAGAGCCGAGGAAUUGCCUAGAUCCAUCAUUGACACCAUUGCGAAGAACAACAAGUCAUUGGCAGCUAAGGAGAUUGCCAAAGCUCCGCAGCUGAACUACAACUUGGUCUAUAAAGUGCUCCGUGAGUUGAUUGACCCUGUUGAGAAGGAUACGAUCCUCAUCACUGAGGGUGCAAACACCAUGGACGUUGCACGUAUCUCAUUCCCUCAAAACUAUCCGAAACAACGACUGGAUGCUGGGACCAACGCUACAAUGGGGAUUGGUUUGGGCUAUGCAAUUGCUGCAAAGGUUUCGAACCCAGAUAAGAAAGUGAUUGCCAUUGAAGGCGAUUCAGCCUUUGGAUUCUCUGGAAUGGAACUGGAAACAGCAGUACGCUCUCAUUUACCAAUCAUAGUCGUUGUCAUGAACAACAGUGGCAUAUAUCGUGGAGUUCCAGAUGCCGAAGAGUAUGACCAUUACGAAAGCUUGCCCUCUACGGCAUUAGGACAGCAGACAAAGUAUGAUCUGUUGGCAAAGGGAUUAGGAGCCAAUGGAGUCACUGCCACGACUCAGGAACAGGUGUCAACUGCGUUCAAAGAAGCUCUAGUAGCAUUGGAUCGUGGAGAAUCUACUCUCAUUAAUGUAAUCAUUGGACCAGGAGUGCAAAAGAAGGUUGGUUUUGGAUGGCAGAACAAGAAGGCCAAGUUAUGA